AAUAAUUUUCGUAUUCAAUAAUACCGAUUGGGAUACCAGAAUAUUUAGGGAUUGGGAUACCAAAAUUAUUUAGGGAUUGAGAUUGGGAUUGACUUUCGAGUAUAAUUUGGUAUUCGGGAUUUCGUUAUUUGUUAUUGGGAUACCGAUACCGUACCGAAUUCCAUCCCUAUUUCCAAUUGCUUUCAACUUUAGUUUAUAGUUUCAAUUAAAACUCGAUUGCUAGAUAAUUUUUUCAAACAAUUGAAGUAGGGUACAUGGACCGGCCCGAGUAUGACUUUUAAAACAUACUUUCCCUAUACCGCACCCGGUUAAGGUUUAUACUUGGACCUUAGUCGGGAUUUUAUUGUGAUAUUCGGGACGAGUCAGGAUUUUGGCGUCGUUUCCGGGGAACCUUGGUCCACUGUUUUGAAAAUAUUGUUGGAUGUUAAUAUAGCGUUUGCUUUUUAUUUUGUUGUUUAUGAAUCUUGCUUGUGUUAGACGAGUUGUGUUUCUUUGAAGUGUGUGCAGGAGGGUGUAUGGCCCAGAGUAAUUAGAAACCUUGGGCGUCACUAGUCGAGAAACUCAACCGCACUCUCAGACUCUUGGCUCAUGAGAGGGAGCUGGCAGAAUCGAGAAGAAUGGUAGAGGAGAGGGGACAACCACAAGUUGGUCCCGAAGUUGUAGUUGAAGAGGAGUUUGAACCAGAGGAAGAGGAAGGAAGUGAAGCCGAGAUGGCGGAGAAUAAAAUUGCUCCAAAUGGAGAUGAAGAACCGGGGACCAUGGGCUACUAUAUCGCUCCACGGGCGGUCGGAUAUCCAACCGACCAUUUUACAUCCACCCGUGGCCGCCAACAAUUUCAAGAUAAAGCCCGACCUCUUCACAAUAAUCCAGAACAACACCCAGUUCCAAGGUCUUCAGGAUGAGUCCCCAAGGGAUCGUAUCCAGAGAUUCAUUGAGAUUGCGAGAAGCUUAAAGAUCAAUGGGGUAUCCGAUAAGGCUUUGAAGUUGAAGCUUUUCCCCUACUCUCAUGCGGGGAAAGCGCUCCGGUGGCUCAACAAUAGAACAACCCUCUCGAUUACCUCAUGGGACGACUUGCUCAACAAGCUCAUGGCCCGAUAUUGUCCACCUUCCAAGACAGUGGAGUGGCAAAAGAAGAUCACCCACUUCGCUCAAGAGGAGGAGGAGACAUUGAGGGAUGCAUGGGAGAGGUACUCAGAAUUUUUCCUCCAAUGCCUGCAUCAUGGGUUUGGAGAGAAUUUUUGGAUCGAAAUCUUCUACGACGGUCUCCUUCAAGAAGACAAGAUUCUCAUUGACUCUCUAUGUCAAGGUAACUUGACGAAGAGGACUCCACUCAAAAUGACCUCUUUGCUUGAAGACAUGGCGACAAAGGGGUAUGGUUGGGGUUCGACGAGAUGUGGUGGAAGGGAUGCCAAGAGAGGAGUACACUCCACAUAGGCGAGUCCUCCGCUCGCCGCCAAGAUUGAAUAGUUGAUCAAUGCACUUUUUGAAGAAGCCAUUGAUGGCGUGUGAUUAGUGUUCCAGUACCAACCAUGAGAUUGUGGAGUUCCAAUUGAUGAAGGAAGCAAGCACCUCCGAAGAACAAGUAAGCUACAUCGCCAAUGCUACGGGAAACAAUAACGACCCCUAUAGCAACACUUAAAACUUGGGGUGGGGAAACCAUCCAAACUUUGCUUGGUCCUCCCCAAGAAAUCUAAGACCCCCCG